CUCCCAGCUGCCCGGCCAUGGCGAAUGAAGAGGAACAGCCGUCGGCUCUCUCGGAUGACGAGGUCUUCGUGCUGACGUGCAUCUACCUGUCGGCCUCGCUGCUGAGCCUCCUGGGCAGCGGGUCGGUCCUCGCUGUCACCUCCCGGCGGAGGCGAUGCUGCCACAUCCAGCUUCGCCCCCUUUUCCUCCUUGCCCUGGCAGAUUUCCUGGCCGCCGCUGUGCUGCUGAGCAUGGCCGUCAUCCAGCUGCUGCCAGCCCCGCUCUUCGUCCCAGCGUAUGCCGCCUGUCCCUACGGACUGAUGCUGGCCACGACCUUCUACGCAGUCUCAUUUCUGAUGGUGGUCGUCUACGCGUACGAAGCCUACCGCACCAUCCACGGCUGGAGAGCCUGGCACGUGGCAGCUCUGCAGGAGAGGAGCGGCUGCCUGGAGAGCGCGUGGCAGGGGCUGCCUUACAUCCUGGCCUGGCUGGUGCCAGCACUCACGCUCCUGGGACAGCUGAUCGCCCGCGGCACCUCCCUCACCGACAUCGCGCCAAAACCCAUCGAGCCCGUCGUGCCGUGGAAAGGCAACCGCUCUCACGAGACCUACAGCCUUUACUGCUCCAGCUGCCUGCUCCUCAUCCACCGCGCCCAGGAUAUCUGCUACGAGUACGUAGGUAGGAAGGACGUGGGCCUGGAGGGGAAAAUCAUCUUCUUCUUGUACCUGCUGCUGGUGCUCAGCUGCUGCACGCUCCUGUACCGCAGGGUGAAGCUCCGGUGCCGGAGGAACACCGUGGCGCCCUUGCUGACCCUGGAGAAGGAUGGCUUUGCUGGCAGGAGCAUCCGCAGCGUCAGCAGAGUCUCUCACUACUUCCAGCUGGUUUUCCUGCUCUGCUGGGCGCCAGCCUUCCUCCUCACCCUCCUCUCCUUCACCAGCAUCAAGCCUUCCUCGGUCUUUGUCCUCUACGUUGCUACAGCCCUGACCGUCUCCCUCCAGGGCUUCCUGCACAGCUUGGUCUACGGCUGGCUGAGGCAAAACUUCCGUCAGGAGGCAGUGGGCAAGAGACCGUCCCUCCAGGCUUUCUACGACGAGUCCCUGGGGGCUGUUCCCUAG